GGAAAUCUGCUGAUACGGGGCAUGGGAUCGCGUUUAUGCUCGCGACGCGAUGACACAUGUCAGUGUCUGCGCGGCUCCCGCAAACGGACAGCUCUCUACUCGCGUCACCGUUCUCGAAGAUUAUAUAGAAGCAAUGGCAAAAGCUUCGACUUCGCCUGAACGGCCAUCCAGACUGAAGUCAUCGUUGCUGAAGUACGUCUCGGUGUUGACCUGGCUGCCCAAGUACUCCCAGCUCGAUGCUGUCUCGGAUCUAGUGGCUGGGAUCUCUUUGGGACUGACCAUGAUCCCGCAGAGCAUCGCGUACGCUGCGCUGGCUGGACUAACCGCUCAGUACGGCCUGUAUUCCUGCUUCGUCGGAGCCUUCGUGUACCUGAUUUUCGGGACAGUCAAGGAAGUGUCCAUCGGACCGUCUUCCCUGAUGUCCUUGCUGACCGUGGAGUACACGAGGAACAUGCCGGUGGACUUCAUCGUGCUGUUCUGCUUUCUGUCUGGAUGCGUCGAGCUGCUGAUGGGCCUGUUUCAUUUAGGUUUCCUGGUGGACUUCAUAUCGGUGCCGGUCACUUCAGGCUUCACUUCAGCCACGUCGGUGAUCAUAAUCGUGUCGCAGCUGCAAGGCUUGCUAGGACUGAGGUUCAAAGCGGUCAGCGUGGCCAGUAACAUCGUCAAGAUCUUCCAGAACGUCAGGAAAAUCCGGCUGCCCGACUUCGCGCUGGGACUUUCCAGCAUAGCUUUCCUUCUGUUCUUCAGGAAACUAAGGGACUUCGAUUGCUGUAUCCCCAAAGGAGACGACAGAGGAGGCAAAGGAGGAAGAAGCAAAGCCGCGAUUCUGAAGAAAGGACUGUGGUUCCUUUCCAUCUGCCGCAACGCUCUGGUCAUCCUGUUCGCGUCCACGAUAGCGUUCUACUUAGAGCAAAGAGGAGGAUCCCCGUUCAUCCUCUCAGGCAAAAUCGUGUCGGGGCUGCCAACGCUGUCGCUGCCGCCCCUCUCGUCCCAGGUUGGCAACCAGACUUACACGUUCGUCGACAUGUGUCAGCACUAUGGGACGGGGUUGAUCGUGUUGCCGCUGGUGUCGGUGCUGGCGAACGUGGCCAUUGCUAAAUCGUUCGCGAGCGGAAGCGGCGUGAAAGCGACGCAGGAAAUGCUGACGCUGGGCCUGUCCAACAUUCUGGGGAGCUUCUUCUCGUCGAUGCCGACCGCUGGAGCGUUCACCAGGAGCGCCGUGAUCAGCGCGAGCGGCGUACGGACGCCUAUGGCUGGCCUAUACGUUGGGAUCAUGACGCUGCUGGCGCUGAGCUUCCUAACGCCGCACUUUUAUUACAUUCCACGGGCCACGCUCGCGGCGGUGCUGAUAACAGCUGUGGUCUUCAUCAUCGACCUGAAGAUCAUGAAGCUGCUGUGGAAGGGAAGCAAGAGGGACACGGUCGCAGCCGUUGUCACGUUCCUCGUGAGCGUGAUCUGCGGCGUCGAGAUAGGACUCCUGACCGGCGCCGUGUUCAAUUUGAUCUACCUGCUUCGCCCGUCUGCCAGGCCACGCGUCCAAGUCAUCGAAUGCAAGACGCGGCUGGGGAACAAAUACGUGACGCUCAAGCCGGACAGCGCUCUCCUCUACCCCGCCGCGAAUUAUUUCUGCAACAAGGUGCACAAGAUCAUCUGCGAAUACGAUGAGAACGAUCUACCGUUCGUCGUGGACUGCGAGAAGAUUCGGUGCAUGGAUUACACUUCGAUCAAGGGUGUUGAAAUACUGUCCAAGAACAUAAACGCCGAGAAGAAGAAGCUGUGGUUCUUGAACGUUCACCCGGAAACGCUCGAGAGUAUCCGAAGUCUCGCGAAUAUCAAGCACUUCCAUUUCAUCGACGAGGAGGAGGAGAUUUCCGAGAUAUUUUACGACGGUGCUACGGCGAACAGCGGCGACGGAGACAAGGAGAAACUGUUAGAGAGUCCACUGGACGCGACAUUCGCCGGUGGCGAUGAUAAGAAAUCUGCAGACGCGUGCGAGAAACCUGAUAGAAAAUCCGAAUGUAAUCAAGAUACGGUUCAUUAAAUGCGGAACUGUAAAAACUGAACUGUGCUCCUCGUGUAUCUAUAUUUACAGACGUAGAAUAAAAUUGUUUAAUAAAAUUAA